AUGGCCCAGUCAAAGCACCUCCUCCAAAAGUGGUUCUCCCAUACGACCACUCCAUUUAUCGCCAAUGCACCUAUGUUCGGGUUUGCGGACUAUAAAAUGGCAGCUACAGUGACCAAAGCCGGCGGUUUUGGAUUCAUUGGCGGAGGUUUCGACUUUACUACAGAUUCAAGCCAACUCACGAAGCUCAAUGAUCAGUUGGAGAAAGCACGUGCAGAGAUUGGAGACAGCUCUUCCAACAAUCUACCCAUUGGUGUCGGAUUCAUUACAUUCAAGCCCGCAGGAUUUAUUGAGAAUGUGAUUCCACUGCUGCAGAAACAUCGAGUUGCGGCAGUCUGGCUGUCUUUCCCCAAGUCUGACGCCGAUCACCUGCCGCUCAUCGAAGGGAUUUGUCAGGUCCGGACAAAGAGUGACUGGGAUGUCAAGAUUUUCGUGCAAGCAGGGACUGUUCAGGCAUCUAUGGAGGCUGUUAAGCAAGGUGCCGAUGUUGUUGUUGUGCAAGGCUCCGAUGCCGGAGGGCAUCAAUGGGCACAGGGCGCCAGUCUGAUCUCGCUUUUGCCCGAAGUACGCGAUGCCCUUACAGAAAGCGGAGCAGCAUCUCAUACUGCAGUCUUGGCAGCUGGUGGUAUUGUGGAUGGCAGGGGAUGUGUUGCAGCACUUGGACUUGGCGCUGAUGGAGUAGCUAUGGGGACCAGAUUUGUCGCCACCGAGGAAUGCCCAGCUCCAUCUCUUAUCAAACAAGCGAUUUUGUCUGGCAAUGACGGCGCUGCGUCGACCAUCAAGUCCACUCGACAUGACGUAUUCCAGUCCACCGAUGUUUUUCCAAGGCAAUAUGACGGAAGAGCUGUUAUUGGAAUCAGCUAUGAUGAAUCUAAAGCGGGUGCUAGCGACGAGGAAAUCAUUCAGCGGUACAAUGAUGCCAUCAAGAAUGGAGAGGAUUAUCGGCGGACAGUAUGGGCUGGUGCAAGCAUCGGUGUGAUCACACGAGAGCUAUCCGUGCCUGAUCUGAUCAAGGGCGUCCAGCAAGAGGUCAAGUCCGUUAUGGACCGACUCAAUCAGAGCAUACAGUGA